ACAUAACUCAAUCAAUUUGUAUAUAUGUAACUUUAACGUGUGUGUAACUGUUAAAAAAAAUACAGCUGUAAUUGUUGGUGUCUUCUUCUUUCCUUGACUUCCUCCUUACUACAAAAGAAAACGCCAGUGGGGAUUGAUUCGAGGUGAUAAAAGCAAGGGUUUAAAUUGACUGUUUCGAAAAGUAAGGGCGAAGAAAGUGAAUCUCCAGAUUGUUUAAUGACUUAGAAAGCAAAAGAGACAAAACAGGAUCAAAUUCUGAUUCCGAUUCAAUUCUCCUUCUUCUUCUUCUUCCUUCGCCGUUCUUCUGAUUUUUUUUUUCACUCAUCUGCUCGAAAGUGCUUGAGAAUCAUUUGAAGAAGGUGAUUUGAUUGGUCUAUGUUGUUGCCCUUUUGUAAUAAUAAUAUAUCUGGUGGAACUGGGAACAGACGCUGCCCAUUUAUCAAAGUUCAAACCUUUUAUUUGAGCUUGGGGGAAGUAUUGUAACAUGCCGUAUUAUAUUCAGAGACUUUUCAAUACUUGCAAGGCAUCUCUGUCUACUAAUGGACCUGUGUCUGAGGAGGCCUUAGACAAGGUUCGCAACAUGUUGGAGAAAAUCAAGCCGUCUGAUGUUGGUCUCGAACAGGAAGCUCAGUUGGUUCGUAACUGGUCUGGUCCUGGGAACGAUCGCAAUGGAAACCAUAAUUCUCUUCCAGCCAUUAAAUACCUUCAAUUACAUGAGUGUGACAGCUUCUCGAUUGGAAUUUUCUGCAUGCCACCUUCGUCUAUCAUACCACUCCAUAAUCAUCCAGGCAUGACAGUGGUAAGCAAGCUAGUCUACGGCUCAAUGCACGUGAAGUCAUAUGAUUGGGUUGAGCCUAAUCCAUCAGAGCUAGACGAUCCAUUACAAGCAAGACCUGCAAAGCUUGUCAAGGAUACUGACAUGACGGCUCCUUGCCCAGCCACCACACUGUAUCCAACAACCGGUGGCAACAUCCAUUGUUUCAAAGCCAUUACUCACUGUGCAAUCUUCGAUAUCUUAUCUCCUCCAUACUCUCCUACUCAUGGAAGACACUGCAACUACUUCCGCAAAUCCCCAAUACGUGACUUGCCUGGUGAGAUUGAAGUGAUGAAUGGAGAAGUGAUAUCAAAUGUGACAUGGCUUGAAGAGUAUCAGCCUCCAGAUAACUUUGUGAUAUGGAAAGUUCCUUACAGAGGUCCUGUGAUUAGGAAAUGAGACUAUAAAAAGGAGCAGAAAGAAUGAGAAGAAGCUUAUCAUCAGGAGAAUAAAAUGUGGUCAACCAUUCAGAAGGCCUUGUGGUCAAGAAGUUCUCAGUGACCAGUUUCAGCCUAUUUCAUUAUAUGAUAAAAUGUUAUACUACUACUUACAUCUUUACUAUCACUUUACUAGUUCAGUAUGAUAAAUUUUUUUUGUUAGAACAAUUGCUCACAAACAAUGUAUUUUAGUUUCAACUAUC